AUGGAGGUCAAUCAGGUGGAUCGCUUCCACCUCUCUGCCCUAAUCAUCCGACACCAAGGACUGGCAAGACCCCCUCGUGUAGUCCAAGUUCUUGUGACGUUCAGCGACGGCCUCACCUUGGUAUCUGACAGGGACGGAGGCCAAAGUGCAAAACCAAAAAUGCUGCUCAGGCCUCACGCGCUCAAGUGGGGGAGGCGCCGCAAAAGCAAGUCAGCGCUGCCAGAUGCGCCCUCGCCCUCGUCCUCCGCCCCCUUCGUGUUAACAAAUCCAGACGUUCUCCAGAUCCGCUUCUGUGCCAAUGACCCUGAAGUGUUUGUCCAAGCAGCACUGUUAGCUCAGGAUUAUUGCGAUGCCAUAGACCUAAAUUUGGGUUGCCCCCAAAUGAUUGCAAAGAGAGGUCACUAUGGAGCAUUUCUGCAAGAAGAGUGGGACCUUCUUCAGAGAAUGAUUUUACUGGCUAACGAGAAGCUCUCUGUUCCCAUCACAUGCAAAAUCCGCGUUUUCCCAGAAAUUGACAAGACAGUGAAGUAUGCACAGAUGCUGGAGAAAGCUGGCUGCCAGCUGCUGACUGUGCACGGCCGUACUAAAGAACAGAAAGGACCGCUUGCUGGUGUGGCAUCUUGGGAGCACAUUCAAGCUGUCAGAAAAGCUGUAAGCAUUCCUGUAUUUGCAAAUGGAAACAUCCAGUGUCUCAGUGAUGUGGAAGAAUGUAUCCGUAAGACAGGAGUGCAUGGUGUCAUGAGUGCAGAAGGUAAUCUUCAUAACCCAGCCUUGUUUGAGGGCCGAAACCCAUUGGUGUGGGAGAUGGCUGAGGAGUAUCUGGAGAUAGUGCAGAAGUACCCUUGUCCAUUGUCUUAUGUUAGGGCUCAUCUCUUCAAGCUCUGGCAUCACACGCUUCAAGUUUACCAGCAGCUGCGUGAAGAAUUAGCAAAAGUGAAGACUCUAGAGGGCAUUGUAGAUGUCAACAGGGAGCUGAAACUACGAUGCCAGGAAGAAAUAGCUAAUCAGAAAGAAGGAGAAAAGCCAAAAGAAGGGUUGCCUUUUUUCCACUGGAUCUGUCAGCCAUACAUCAGGCCAGGGCCAAAGGAGAGAUGCAAGGAGAAUGGAGCCAGUGGGACUGAAAAAGGGGUGCGAGGGAAACGUGCUCUGGAAGAGGAAGAAGAUGGAAAUUCUGAGCUUCUGUCAAAGAAUAAACAAAAAAAGAAGUUAAGAAAUCCAAAUAAAAGCUUUGAUCCAUCUUUAAAACCCAAAUAUGCGAAAUGUGAUCAAUGUGGAAACCCUAAGGGCAAUAAAUGUGUGUUUAACAUGUGCCGAGGAUGCUGCAAGAAAAGAGCAUUCAAAGAGACAGCAGACUGUCCAGGUCAUGGAUUACUUUUUAAGACCAAAUAUGAAAAAUCCCUUUCAUGGCAGAGUAGUCAAAGAGUAAUUCAAAACCCAGAGAUCAGUCGGAGAGGAGAUGUAGAUGUGGGGGAGACUGCUGUACUGAAGGAGGCUGGUGACAGUGCAGUGUGAAGCUUUGGAAAUGAAUAGUUAAAGACUCCUGCCAGGCCUCUGCUUCCCUGGGCCAAAGAACAUGCCGUCUCCAGCUCACCGUCAGCUGUGUGAACUUGUUCCACAGGUUUAUUUUUAAGUUCUGGAAAAGUUUUAUUUAAGUAAAAAGCUGCUUACUCAGGGAAUUAUCCUGCAUUUGAAAUAAAAAGGAUGCAAUUAAAUUUCUCAUUCUGUGUUUUAAGGACUGAAAAUGCUGCAUUUUGGGGUGGGGGCAACCUAUGUAAGUUGCCAUCAUAAUCUGCCUCUUGUAUGUUCAUUAGCCCUUCAUGUCCUGUUUUUAAUAUUGGGGAAUAAAUGUCUUGUAUUAGAACAGCCUUCUGGCACUAAAAAAUAGCAAUGUCAAUUGAGUUCUUCACUAAUAGAAAAUGUGUCACA